AUGGCCAAUGAUGAUAUCAAAUAUGAGGAGGAACAUAUUUCAAAAUCACGAGGGGUGGAACUCUUUACAUGCCGAUGGACCCCUCUAAACCGUGAACCUAAAGCAUUGAUAUUCCUAUGUCACGGAUAUGCCAUGGAAUGCAGCAUUUCUAUGAGAGGCACAGGCACACGAUUGGCAAAGGCUGGAUUUGAAGUGCAUGGUGUGGACUAUGAGGGCCAUGGAAAAUCUUCUGGACUUCAAGGCUACAUUAGCAAUCUAAAUGAUGUCGUCAGUGACUGCUUCACAUACUUUGCAAGUAUCUCUGAGAAAGAAGAUCACAAGGGAAAGCGGCCGAAGUUCUUGCUUGGCGAGUCGAUGGGAGGAGCAAUAGCGUUGAUGCUUCAUAGGAAGGAACCUACCUUUUGGGAUGGGGCCAUUUUGGUUGCCCCCAUGUGCAAGAUUGUUGAUGAGAUGAAGCCUGCUCCAAUUGUAAUUUCAAUUUUAUGCAAGCUCAGCAAUGUGAUCCCUACAUGGAAGAUUAUUCCUACUGAUGAUAUCAUUGAUAAGGCAAUUAAAAAUGAGGAACGGCGUGAAGAGGUCAGAAACAAUCCUUAUUGCUAUAAAGGAAGGCCUAGGCUAAAGACUGGUUAUGAAAUUUUUAUGGCAAGCUUGGAUAUUGAAAGCAAUCUUGACAAGGUAACCAUGCCAUUCAUUAUAGUCCACGGUGGUGCUGAUGCCGUCACUGAUCCAUCAGUAAGUGAGGCACUAUAUAAAUUAGCUGAGAGUAAAGACAAGACGUUGAAGCUCUACCCAGGGAUGUGUCAUGCCUUGACGUCCGGUGAAACAGAGAGCAACAUCGACCUUGUGUUUUCAGACAUUAUUCAGUGGCUUGAUGAGAGGGCAUCAGUUUCAUAA